CCUCAGCUUGGAUAAAUAGUAAUGUACCUGAGGGCGGACAGCGUUCCGCACACACCUGUCCACCGUUCUGCUUUUUUCGGGGGGACGCUGCGCGCACUGACCGAGGUGGAGUGGCCGGGUGCGGGCGCUGCGAGCUGCGGGGAGAGUCGUGCGGGCCUUUUGGCAGGGAUGAGCGGGAACUACACGGCGGCCGGUGCCCACAUGCCCGCCCACAGGGCGACGUCCUUCUUCAUCGAGGACAUCCUGCUGCACAAACCCAAGCCCCUGAGGGAAGCCUUCCCGUCGCCCUUCUCGGGCUCGCUGGCCUCCCGAAUGCCACUGCUGGAGUAUGGAUACCCCCUCAUGCCCACCCCCAUCCUCGCCCCACAUCCGCAUCACCCGCUCCACAAAGCCGAGCAUCAUCCCUACUUCUUCACCUCGGGUAUGCAGAUGCCCUCGUUGUUUCCUCCUCACCCGGAGCUGCCCGGGAAGCACUGCAGGCGCAGGAAGGCACGCACCGUAUUCUCGGAUUCGCAGCUGUCCGGACUGGAAAAGCGCUUCGAGCUGCAGAGAUACUUGUCCACCCCGGAGCGCGUGGAGCUCGCCACGGCACUCAGCUUGUCAGAGACACAGGUGAAGACCUGGUUUCAGAACCGCAGAAUGAAACACAAGAAGCAGCUGCGGAAGACGCAGGAUGAGCAGAAAGCGCCCGGAGAACAGCUGGACAGAUGUGCGGAGACAUCGAGCGAGAGCGAGCAGGAGCGGAGGGGAGCGGCGGACGGCAGGAGGAGUCCGGACACGUAUACACUGGAAGAGAACGACGACGAGGUGGACAUCGAGGAGGACAUCUGCUCUCCUGACCAUUUACUAUAGACCUGCUCCUCCUCACUCUGUACAUGUGUAUACGGAUUAUUGCCAGUUUAGAUAGGACACGAUAUUCACUUUUUUUUUCUCUGAUUUUUUAUAAGAGAACAGACUCCUAACGCUGUGUCACUAAAGCGCUUUCAACCAACAUGCAUUAUCAGCAAAAUUCAUUUAGGAGGAGUUUCCCCCUAAAAUCUACAUUAUUUAAGAAUAAUGCAUGACCAUUAUGUAUUAUUAUUAUUAUUAUUAUUAUUAUUAUUAUUAUUAUUAUUAUUAUUAUUACCACUUGGUUGUUUUAAGGGUUUUAAAGGGUCACCUGUAAUGACUCACUUUGUGAAUAUGGGGGUAGUAAAUAUUUUAUGGACAAUCUGUAAAUAGCAGCGGGAUAUUUAGCACUUGUUUAAAGAACAAUGGAUCGGUGGAUCAGCUGAGUUUCUCCUACACUGUGUCGCCUUUUCCAUUUUCACCAUACUACAUUCUGUUCAAAACCCACUAAUGUUAAAAUAAUGUACAGUAAAUGAAUUAUCUAACAAAACAUUUGUUGCAAACAAAAGCUGUGUUUGUCUUUGAAAUGUUUCGAAACGUUUUAUUUCACACAUGGGGGAAGUGACAAUAUACUCAUAUUUUGUAA